UGUCUCAGAAGUUGAAGGUGGGAAAGAGGGCAGCCCAGCCUGGGGGCCAAGAUCUGUCGCUCUUGGUCUUCCCAGUACCUCCAGAGCCUGCCUCAUCACAGCUACAGAAUGGCCUCCAGCCCAGCUGGACUUCCUAGCCCACAGCCCUCUAGGGCCAAUGGGAACAUCAACCUGGGACCAUCCGCUAACCCCAAUGCCCGACCCACAGAUUUUGACUUCCUCAAAGUCAUUGGCAAAGGGAACUAUGGGAAGGUCCUACUGGCCAAGCGCAAGUCUGACGGAGCCUUCUACGCAGUGAAGGUGCUACAGAAGAAGUCCAUAUUGAAGAGCAAAGAGCAGAACCACAUCAUGGCAGAGCGCAAUGUGCUGCUGAAGAAUGUGCGCCACCCCUUCCUCGUGGGCCUACGCUACUCCUUCCAGACCCCUGAGAAGCUCUACUUCGUGCUUGACUACGUCAACGGAGGAGAGCUCUUUUUCCACCUGCAGCGGGAACGCAGGUUCCUGGAGCCCCGGGCCCGGUUCUACGCUGCAGAGGUGGCCAGCGCCAUUGGCUACCUACACUCCCUCAACAUCAUUUACAGAGACUUGAAGCCAGAAAACAUUCUCUUGGACUGCCAGGGACACGUGGUCCUGACAGAUUUUGGCCUCUGCAAGGAAUGUGUGGAGCCCGAGGAGACCACAUCCACUUUCUGUGGCACUCCCGAGUACCUGGCCCCCGAAGUACUUCGUCAAGAGCCUUACGAUCGAGCAGUGGACUGGUGGUGCUUAGGGGCAGUCCUCUAUGAGAUGCUUCAUGGCCUGCCCCCCUUCUUCAACAAAGAUGUGGCCCAGAUGUAUGAGAAUAUUUUGCACCAGCCACUACAGAUCCCUGGAGGCCGGACAGUGGCCGCCUGUGACCUCCUGCAAGGCCUUCUCCACAAGGACAAGAAGCAGCGGUUGGGCUCCAAGGAAGACUUUCUCGACAUAAAGAACCAUGUGUUCUUCAGUCCCAUAAAUUGGGAUGACCUGUACCACAAGAGGCUAACUCCACCCUUCAACCCAAACGUGGAAGGACCUGCUGACUUGAAACACUUUGACCCAGAGUUCACCCAGGAAGCUGUGUCCAAGUCUAUUGGCUGCACCCCUGACACCAUGGCCAGCAGUUCUGGGGCCUCAAGCGCAUUCCUUGGAUUUUCCUAUGCACAGGAUGAUAACAUCUUGGACUCAUAAGUGACAAGCGCUUGCAAAUCUGCCAAGACCAGCUGGCACCUGCAGGGGCUACCUUCUGCUGCCAGCAAGACACAAUGAGUUCAAUGACUCAAGGAAGAGGGAAAUGCUUUCUGUCACAUGAAAAAGAGUGCAGGACAGGCCACUGAGUAUCUACUCAGGCUGGCAGGAAAGGCCACUGAGUACCCGCUCAGGCCAGCAGGACAGGCCACGGAGUCCCUGCUCAGGCCAUCAGGACAGGCCACGGAGUCCCUGCUCAGGCCAUCAGGACAGGCCACCGAGUCCUGGCUCAGGCUGGCAGGACAGAUCACCGAGUACUAAGCCGUCUGUCAUUCUGAUUUGCUCUUCUUAAGAAAUGACUCCUGUGUUUGGUGGCUGUUGUUGUUGCUGCUGCUGUGACAAAAUAUCCAAGAAAGGUAACGGAAAGAGGAUCUCCUCGGGCUCACCACUUCAGAGGUUUCCGUCCACGGCUGGCUGGUCCCAUUGCUGUGGCCUUUAGGCAAAGCUGAGUCACCUGGGUGAAAGGAGUGGCACAGACAAGGUGCUCACUUUCUUCCGACCAGGAAGCAGAAAUAGAAGACUGGGCUGGAAAUAAGAUUUACCCUCGGAGUUACGUCCCAAGUGACCGACAUCCUCCAAGCGGGGCCCACGUUUUAGUUACCUUUCCACCACCUCUCCAUGCCAUACGAAUCUAUGAAUAGACUAAAUCACCGAUGAAGCCUGGGCCCCCGUGACCCAAUCGUAUACUAAAACCUCAUCAGCUGGACAGGGGAACCUUUAGAUCCAAAGUAAAAUAGCUUUGAAUAUUGGGGUUACAUGAUCAUAACAUGGUUGCUCAUACCAUAGCCACCUUUGUGUUCUAAGCAAGAGAAAAGAGGGAUGGGACAGGAGUGGGUUACAAAAGGACACCAUUAAAGAGUUUCCCAGAAGCCCAGUUCAGUGAUUUCUUUUAGCAUGUCAUAUAUCUCCAGCCCUCCUUAAUGGAGCCUGGGCACAAGCUACCUCUCAUAGCAAGGGCGUUCAAACAUUAAGGGAAAGGGUUCCAUCACUGGCCUGCUCAAGCCUUGAGG